UACACUUCUCUAGUUGAGGAAGGGAAUUCCAACAAGCACAAGUGUAUUUAUUGUAAUAAGAUCACCAAUGGCGGCAUAUCAAGGCAAAAAGAGCAUCUUAUUGGAACGACGAGGAAACGUAAAAAUGUUUCCCUUUGCAAUAAAGUUCCUUCGAAUGUGGUUGAUGAGCUUAAGGAAUAUGACAAAAAACAAGCAAUUAUUAGAAGACAACAAGCAGUGGAGAAUUACAUGCCGGAUCUUGAAGAUGAUGACAUGGUUGAAAUAGAUGAAGUUGACGAGGUUGAAGAACAAGCACAAGCAACUAGGAACAAGGGAAAGGGUGUAUUGACUUCUACUCCUAAUUCAUCUUCCUUAGCUACAAGAGGAGGGGGAAGUGUUGGAUCUUCAACAAAGAGAAAGAGGCCUAUGGAUUCGUUUCUCUCAUUUGACCCGGAACUGGAGGUAGCCAAAGAUGAUAGAAGGCGAAAAUUGCGGCAAACAAGCAUUGAAGAAGGCCUCAACAAAGAUGCAGUUGCUAAAGUGCAUCAAGAUAUUGCCCGUUGGUGGUAUUAAGCGGGAAUUCCUUUUAAUGCCGUACAACUUAGGUCCUUUAGAAUUAUGUUGAAGUUAGUGGGGGCUUUUGGGCCUAACUUGCCACCUCUAACAUUCCAUCAAUUACGAGAGCCAUUGCUUAAGAAGGAGAAGAAUUACACUGAAGAUCUCAUGCAACCUCAUAAGGAGGUUUGGGCCAAAAAAGGAUGCUCUUUUAUGUCGGAUGGUUGGACUGAUCGGAAGGAAAUGACUUUGAUAAAUUUCCUUGUGAACUCUCCUCACGGAACGGUAUUUCUUUCCUCUAUUGAUGCUUCCGAUGAGAUCAAGACUGGUGCGAGGAUGUUUGAGAUCUUAAAUGAGGAGAUUAAGAAGAUAGGGCCAGAGAAUGUUGUGCAAAUUGUAACAGAUAAUCAUGCUAGUCUCAAAUUAGCCGGUAAAUACUUGAUGGAUGAAUAUCCUCAUAUGUAUUGGACACCGUGUGCUGCUCAUUGUCUCAAUCUCAUACUUAAGGAUAUCGGAAAACUACCGUUCAUGAAGAUGACCUUGAGUCGUGCUAUGGAGUUGACGGGUUUUAUUUAUUCACAUGGUUGGGUUUUGAGGUUGAUGAGAGAGCAAAUCAAUGCUCGAGAGCUUCUUAGACCGGCGACGACGCGGUUUGCCAGUUCAUUUUUGACUUUAUCAAGCAUCCAUAAGCAGAAGAAUAAUCUAAGGAAGAUGUUUUGCUCUGAAAAGUGGGUGGAAAACAAGAGGGCAAGAGAUCCAAAGGGCAAAGCGGCGGAGAGGACAGUUAAAAUGACUAACUUUUGGAAUAAUGUUGUUCGUGUUCUCAAGCUCACGGGCCCUCUUGUUCGUGUUUUGAAGCUUGUUGAUAACGAGAGGAAGCCGACAAUGGAGUUUAUUUAUGAGGCUAUGGAUAGAGCCAAAGAGGCUAUUGCAAAAGCCUUUGGUGAUGAUGCAAGCAAAUAUUCGGAGGUAUUUGAGAUGAUUGAUAAGAGAUGGAAUGUUCAGUUACAUCAUCCUUUGCAUGCUGCAGGGUUUUACCUUAAUCCAAUUUUUUUCUAUGCCCACCCUAACAUUCAAGCCGAUAAGGAGAUCAUGAAAGGCCUCUGGGAAGUCAUUCAAAAGCUUGUGCCCGAACAGGAUCAAGAUAAAAUUUCUCAAGAGUUGACUUUAUACAAAGAAGCACAGGAUCUAUUUGGCAUGCCUAUAGCUAUUAGAAACCGAGAAAAGAAAUCUCCGGCUGAUUGGUGGGAUUCUUACGGUGCAGCAGCUCCGAUUCUGCAGAAACUUACUAUAAGGAUCCUUAGUCUCACUUGUAGCUCCUCUGGGUGUGAAAGAAACUGGAGUACUUUUGAACAAAUACACACCAAGAAGAGGAAUAGGUUGGAUCACAAUAGGUUGCAGGAUCUAGUAUUUUGCAAAUAUAAUCAAGCUUUGAAGGAAAGAUUUGACUGCAGGGAUAUUGUUGAUCCAAUCAAGUUGACUGACAUAGAUGAAAGCAACGAGUGGUUGUUAGGUCAAUUUGGAGAGGGCGACAAUGCGGAAAAUGACUUGGUGGAUGAGGAGGAUGACCUUAGAUGGGGUGUUGUAGGUGAAGCAACGGGAGUUGAAGAAAAUUGGGGACCAAAUUUAAGGUCUACUGCUACUGCUAGGGUUCGAGGAUCUUCAAGUGGUAUUGCUUCGUCAUCUAGGAGGAGGGAGCCGGACUCGGAGGAUGAAGAUGAGUUUAAUGAAGAAGAGGAGGAAACUGAGGAUGAGGAGCCACUUCAGUUGGAUGAUGAUGAUGAUGAUGAGGAUGACUAGAAACUUUGUUAUUUUGCUACUUGCUUAUUUUAUUUCGUAGACUUUUGCUCGUGUUGGAUAUUAUCGUACAUUGUGAUGUGUGGAAACAUAUGAACUUUUUUAUAUUAUGCAUGCUAAUUAAGACUC